AUGGCCCGUAUCCUGAUAACAGGCUCGACGGAUGGUUUUGGCCUUGAAACUGCUCGCCAGCUCGUCCAGCGUAACCACACCGUCUAUCUCCAUGCCCGCAACCAACAGCGUGCAGAGGAUGCCAGGAAAAAAUGCCCUGGAGCCGCCGGUGUGCUGAUUGCAGACCUUACCAGCAUGGCAGAGACCCGCAGACUAGCAGAAGAAACAAACAAGAUUGGUCUCUUUGACGCCGUCAUCCUCAAUGCUGGACUGCUCUACGGCCCCUUUCGCAAGACACCAGACACAGGAGUGCCAGCCAUGGUCUUCAUCAACCUUCUCGCGCCGUAUAUUCUCGCCUCUCUUAUCAGGCAACCCAAGCGUCUUAUCUUCAUCUCCUCCAUCCUACACAAAGAAGCCAAUACGGAUGUGGCGGAUAUCUUCUGGUUUGAGCGUGGGGAGAAGGAAUUCAAGGAUUUCUCAGCAUAUUGCGAUUCGAAGUUUCAUGUCCUGCUUCUAUCUAAGGCUGUGGCAAGGCGGCUCAAGGGCACUUCAGUCACAGCUGUGCAUCCUGGAUAUGUUUCGACCAAGCUUGCAGGUCCAGGUGGUUUCAAUAAACUAGAGGAUGGCGUCGAGACAUAUGUCAUGCUGGCUGAAGGUGACUACGACCAGAAUCUCACUGGUGUCUAUUUCGAACCCAAGAGGCAGAUGGCUAAACCGCUAGAAGUGACGGAGGACGAAAACUUACAAGAGAUCGUCGUCAAGGCCUGCGAGGAUGUGACAGGCCUUAAGCUGGCACAGGGAAUGGAAAUAUAA